AUGACACCCUACAUUCUCUUUUCUUGUAUUCCUGGCUGUUCUGACCCACCUGUUCUAAACUCUACUGAGCCUCAUCAAGGCACCUAAGAAGAAAAUGGUCAUGACUGGGGUCCCAGUCCUAGGAGUUUUCAUCACGGUCCUGAUGAGACUUCAGGGAUCAUGGGCUAUCAAAGAGGAACACGUGAUCAUCCAGGCUGAGUUCUAUCUGAACCCUGACAAGUCAGGCGAGUUUAUGUUUGACUUUGACGGUGAUGAGAUUUUCCACGUGGAUCUGGAAAAGAAGGAGACGGUCUGGAGGCUUGAAGAAUUUGGACGUUUUGCCAGCUUUGAGGCUCAGGGUGCAUUGGCCAACAUAGCUGUGGACAAAGCCAACCUGGACAUCAUGAUAAAGCGCUCCAACCACACCCCGAACACCAAUGUGCCUCCAGAAGUGACUGUGCUCCCCAACACCCGCGUGGAGCUGGGAGAGCCCAACACCCUCAUCUGUUUCAUCAUCAAGGGUGUGCGCAAAGGCAAUGCUGCUGAACGCCGAGGGCCUCUGUGA